AUGCCAUAUGGUCUUUAUAAACUACGGGACACCGCGAAUAAUAACACAGGCGGAACGGCAGCAAGCUAUAAUUCGUGGUACAACGCUAGCGACACUGACAAGAAUAAUGACCGUGCAAAGAAGGCCUACGAUGCUGUCCUUACUGUUACGACCCGUGCACCAACAGGGGAUCCGUACCGUGAUUUCUCUAAUGAGGUCAAGGAAAUGGCUCUCGAAAAGUUUGACUUCGAGUACGAGGACACGGUUAACCCCUUCGUGUCCAGUUUCUUCGACGCCGUCCUCAUCUACGCCGCCGCCUUGAACGAGACUCUCCGGCUUAACGGCAGCAUCACCGACGGGGAAGAUAUUGUCAACAAUAUCAGGAACAGGACGUUUGACUUUAACAAACUACUUCCUUGGGAACACGAGAACAUCACUAUCGAUGCCGUUGGAGACCGCAAAGCCGAUUACUCCCUAAUGGACAUGAAUCCAGAGACCGGUGUGUUCGAGUCGGUCGCCACUUACUAUGGAGAAAAGGAGGCAGUGACAUUCACGAAGGAAAUCCACUGGCCGGGCGGACAACCUCCACGUGAUGAACCUGAGUGUGGUUUUGAUGGAUCGAGGUGUCCAGAUACAACAGACUCCAUGACAUGGAACAUCGUGACAGGUGUGCUAGCCGUCUUGGUUGUAUUUAUGGCCAUCAUCAGUUUCUUUAUAUAUAGGCACUUUAAACUGGAAGCUGACUUGGCCUCUAUGACAUGGUGGAUAUCCUGGGACUACGUGGAAAUGACAGAUGAUGUCAAGUGCUGCAAAUUUGGGUCCAGAGUUUCCAUCGGCAAAUAUAGUCAUUCUAGUAACAUGUCUGUGGAUUCUCUUGUGGGCAACCGACAAGUCUUCAUUCGCACAGGACGUUUCAAGGGUGUCACAGUCGCCAUCAAGAGGAUAAACAAAGACAGAGUAGAACUAACACGAUCUCUUCUCAUUCAACUGAAAAGGAUGAAGGACCUGCAGUACGAUCACCUCGUCCGUUUUAUCGGGGUGUGCGUUGACCCUAAGCCCUACUGUGCCAUCUUCACCGAGUACUGCCCUAAGGGUUCGCUUCAGGACAUCUUAGAGAAUGAUGACGUUAAGCUCGAUUCUAUGUUCAAGAUUUCACUCAUGCACGAUCUGGUCAAGGGUAUGGCCUUCCUGCACUCCAGCGAAAUCCGGACGCACGGCAACCUCAAGUCCAGCAACUGUGUCGUGGACUCUCGUUUCGUUCUCAAAAUCACGGACUUUGGGCUCAACCUCCUCAUUGAUAACGAGAAAAACUACAACCCCGAUAGAUAUGCUUUCUGGAGACGGAAGCUGUGGACGGCCCCCGAGCUGCUACGAAACCAGUUCCCGCCACAGGAAGGCACGCAGAAGGGAGACGUCUAUUCCUUCGCCAUCAUCGCCCACGAAAUCAUAUACAGGCAGGGGGCCUUCUGGAUCAAGAACGAGGACCUCUCUCCCCAGCAGAUCGUCGAAAACGUGAAGAACGGCGGCUACCCCGUGUUCCGGCCGACCAUCGAGGACGACACGGCUGAAGAAGAACUGCUGCAGAUGAUCAAGAAGUGUUGGGCCGAAGAACCAAUGGAGAGACCGGACUUCCAGCAGCUCAAGACUAUUAUAAGGAGACUCAAUAAAGACAAUGAAUCUGGAAACAUCUUGGAUAAUCUUCUGUCUCGCAUGGAGCAGUACGCUAACAACCUGGAGGUCUUAGUACAGGAGCGCACGGCAGAUUACUUCGAAGAAAAACGCAAAUGUGAGGAACUUUUGUAUCAGCUGUUGCCGAAGUAA